UGGAACGAAGCUUUGGUGCACUUUCUGCUCAUAUCUGGACUGGAAUGGUUUUGAAAUCUCGAAAUAAGAUGGCUGAACAACCAUUACCUCAUGAAGAAAAUUUUCUCCCUGGUAUCAUCCCUAAGUUGACAAACAAGCUAAUGGAUAGUUAUAAGAGUGGUGGUGGUUACGGGUCUAAUAACACUUGUAAAGAAUUUCGCUACGGUGGCGCGUACAGGGCGUAGUGUAAGCGCUCUGCUGAAUUAGACUCAUAGUACUGAUGAUGAGAGUGAAGUCUGCUCAUUAUCAUC